AACUCGUCAGUAGCUGUCGCUCCUAUUUUUCAGUUUCAUCAUGGCGUCUGCUAUUCCCACAUUUACAAAAAUCGGCAAAGUUAUUCGCUUAAAUAAACAUGGAUGCACUAAUCGACCUUUUUACCACAUCGUCGUUCAAAAGACGAGGGACAAUUUUGACGGUCCAGUAAUUGAACAGGUUGGCAGUUAUGAUGCCAUGCCCAACAGCCAAAAUGAAAAACUAGUCGCUGUUAAUUUUGAAAGAGUUCAAUACUGGCUUGCUCAAGGAGCGGGGAUGAGUAAUCCUGUUGCACAGCUCCUUGGUCUCUCUGGAUUUUUGCCUAAUCAUCCUCAAACUCUGAUUCAGUCUUGGAAGAACAGACGAGAACCACCUAGAGAAAGAAAAUUACAGCCUAUCAAAGGAAUUGCACCUCCUCUUGACAAUCCCAAAAUUUAGUUUGCUGUAUUUUUCAUUAUAUAGUCAGAAUAAAUCAUUUUGUUAAAGUAA